AUGCCUAACGUACUCUCCAAAAUUGCGCGAGUCAAUGAAGCUUUCGCUCCCGGCCAAUGCAAUCCGGUAUUGGACAUUGCCGUCCGUCAACUUGCAUCACUAUCACUCGAAAAGCACGACCUGCUCAGCGAGUUUCCUACCGAAAUUCGCCUCAUGAUCUUCGAGGAACUCCUUGUUGUGUGGCCUAAGAUUGUGUUCCGUGGAGCCCAUGAGUUUGGCCCGCUGGACGAGAGGGAAUUCGAGGGGGCAAUCCCCAUCCCAUGGCAGAUCCUUGCUACAUGCCGCAGAUACUAUGAGGAAGCCAUGCCCAUCAUGUAUUCGAAGAACAGGUUCGUCUUCUGCACUGGCAAGGGAGGAGAGCCUGGCAUGUUCUGGCGCUUUCCCAUCCACACACGCUACAUGCCCUAUCUCACCGACCUGGGCAUCUACCUUCGCGCCGAUACCCCUACCAAGGAGGCGGCGAGACGGGUUGCUCACUUCAUAAAAGCAAUUACUCGCCUCGCCGUACACCUCCAGUAUCUCGUCGUGCUAAUCUCCUCCGACUGCCUCUAUGAGAAGCUCUGCCCGUGGGACAUCAUCUUCUGCGACCAUCCAGUUGCGAAGUCCCUAGUCCAGCUCGUCGAAGCUAAAGCCGUCAAGCACGUAAAGAUCCGCCUCCACGAUAACGCAUGCUUGUUCCCCGGCUUUGCCCAGUUUCUCCAUCAGACCUUCUACAAGGAUGGCGUCCCGGCUGACCGCUCCAUCGUCUUCAGCCGCUCAUGCACCUGCCCGCCGCCCUGCCCCAAUCACCCAGCGACCUAUUGUCUGCACUGCGGCUGGCCAGUAUUUAGCCCGCCUUACAAGCCCAUCGACGUCCUUGUGGGCCCAGCCGGCGUAGAGUCGGACAUGGAGCGCAUGAUGGACAUGCAACACGAGCUGUUCGAGCUUGGGGUCCUCCCUCCUAAAGAUGACGAUGAAGAACCUGAAGAGGGGAACGAGGAGGCAAAUGUGGGUCCCUACGGCGGUGGACCUCCGAUUGAGGAUGACUAUGAGGAGAAUCGUAAGGCGUUUGAUUCUGGCAUGCUCCUCCCGGGACAAGUUCGACGCUACUACGGGGAGGUCACGGCUCCAUCGGUCUGGUUCUUCCAGCAGACCAAGGUCACCGACUACUUCGAGGUCGUAGUCUAA